AUGGCCGCUGAGCACGCCCUGGCCUUCAUGGACCAGGUGCGCGCCUUUCAGGAGCAGAUAGACAAGCUGGGCCUCUGCAGGUCGACUCGGCCGAGUAUGGCUGCCUCAAGGCCUUCGCGCUCUUCACGGGCGACGCCUGUGGCCCACGUGGAGAACCUGCAGGAGAAGGCGCAGGUGGCUCUCACCAAGUACGUGCGGGCGCAGUACCGGUCCCAGCCCCAGGGCUUCGGGCGCCAGCUGCUGCGGCUCCCCGCCCUAUGUGCGGUCCCUGGCUCCCUCAUCUCCCAGCUGUUCUUCAACGCCUGUUGGGGAAGACGCCCAUCCAGACGCCAGACAUGCUGCUGUCGGGGAGUACCUUCAACUGGCCCACAUUUCGGGCCGGUGACCACGACGGGGCCGCGAUGGCAGAAAAUGACCUCAGAGGCCAGAAAUAUCUCCAACACUGUGAGAGAUUUAAUCCUCUUGGGCUUCUCUUGCCUCUGGGAAAUACGGGUCUUCCUCUUUUUCACAUUCUUUGUGACUUACAUACUGACUCUCCUUGGAAACCUGGUUAUCAUGUGUGCAGUGCGCUUGGACCACAGGUUCCACACCACCAUGUGCAUUCUGCUGGCCAACUUCUCCUUCCUGGAGAUAUGUUAUGUCAACUCUGAUGUGCCCAACAUGCUAGCAAACUUCCUUUCCAAAAACAAAAGCAUUUCCUUAGCUCGAUGUCUCCUCCAGUUAUACUUCUUCUUCUCACUGGGCAUAACUGAAUGCUUAUUUCUCUCCAUCAUGUCCUAUGACUGGUUCCUGGCAAUCUGUUGCCCCCUACACUAUCCUACUGUCAUGACUAUUAAGUUUUGUAGCAGCCUGAUCAUCUUUUUCUGCAUCUAUGGUUUCCUCUGGUUUCUAGUCCCAGUUAUACACAUUACCCAGCUGCCAUUUUGUGACUGAAACAUGAUUGAUGACUUUCUAUGUGACCUCAGUCCCCUGCUGGCCCUGGCAUCAGCCUGUGUCCCAAUCCCAGGGACUGUUCUCAUAUGUGGCACCAUGAAUUCACUCCUCAUCUUUGCGACUAUUUUCUACAUUAUUGGCUCCUAUACCCUGGUGCUGAGGUCUGUGAUGCAGGUACCCUCGGCUGCUGGCCGGAAGAAGGCCUUCUCCACCUGCUCCUCACACCUGGCUGUCAUGUUUUUAUUUUAUAGCUCAGUCAUGAUGACAUAUGUGAGCCCAGGGUCAGGACGAGCAGAAAGCAUGCAGAAGUUCACAACUUUGUUCUACUCAGUUUUGACCCCUUUGUUCAACCCCAUGAUCUACAGCCUCCAGAAUAAAGAAAUGAAGGAUGCCUUGAAGAACGUUCUAGGGGGCUCCUAA